CGUGGCUCAGAGUAAGUGCUGCUUCGAUCUUUCGCACGCUGUCAAGGACCCACAUUACCUCCUCCCUCCAAAUCUGAAUAAUGCGCCAACCUCGAAGCGAUGUCGCGUCCUCUCGGCCCACCUGAGCCCCGAUAUCUAUAAACUCGAAGAUGCGACUAUCGCAGUUGACGUCGUGUUACCACUGCCUGCCAAUCUUGCUGCGAUACUGAAGAAUGCCUACCUACUACGCCGUCAUCGGUGGCUCGCGAGGAGUCGGUCUGGAGAUCGUUCGCCAGUUGGCGGCGAACCCGAACAACACGGUCUACGUGACAGCGCGAAACGUAGAGAAGUCUGUGCACCUCGUCAAAGUAGUACAGGACGCACCAGCACAGAACGUCGUGCCUCUACAGGUCGAUGUCGUCGACCAUCGUUCUCUGAAGGCCGCGGCAGAGCAAGUCGCACAGGCUACAGGCGGCGCUCUCGAUGUCCUCAUCCACAAUGCUGCGAAAAUGGAUUAUGCAAACGGGAAUCAGUUCCGCUCGCUGACCGAAUACGACAGCAUGGAUGCUUUGGACGCAGAAUUCAUUGAAGCGUUCAAAGUGAACACGCUCGGGGCCAUUCAUUCCAUCGACGCCUUCCUCCCCUUGCUUCGCAAAGGCUCGACCAAGAAGAUCAUCAUUAUCAGCACCGGGGGCGGCGAGCGCAACAUUGUCUGGCAAGCCCGCUUGAACAUGACCGCCGCCUACGGCGUCACGAAGUGCGCGGAGAACAUGGUCAUGACCAAGUACGCUGCCGAGCUGGUGGACGAGGGCUUCGUCGUUGCUGCGAUCAGCCCCGGCGUUGUUGAUGUCACUGGCACGAACCCUUCUCCGCCGAGCGCAGAGGAGCUGGCUGACCUGAAGCGGAUUACGGACAAGAUCGUGAAGAACAUACCAAACUAUGGAGACAACCCGCUUACACCCGAGCAGUCGGUCAAGAAAGUGCUGGGGAUCGUCCACUCGCUGGGACCGCAGGACACGGCAACCUUCCACUCCGUGCGGGGCUGAAGUCUGCGCAUCGAUGCACCUAUGCUGACAGUCCC